UAUUCCGAGUCUAUAUAUCCUUAUAAUCCCCAUACGUGUAGGCGAUCAAAUCGGACCGAGCAGGCGGCGAAAUAGCUGGACGUUCUCCUCUUUAUUCUUGCGAGAAAAGCCGUCCGAAUACGAGAGCGCGCUUCGUUUACCGUUGCGUUCCGCAUUAAAGGCAAUUUCGGCAAAAAACGAAUGUAAAUUUUGGAACGCCGAUACGUAGGACAUCGCCGAGGGACGAGCGAAGAGCGGCGAAACGUGUGGGCGACUUCGUAGCCGGUAGUAUCAGCAUCACCGGUAGCUCGGGGUACGACGAGGAAACCGCGGCGAAGAACAACCCUCGAAGAGGAUGCGCUUGCGCCAGAGGGUGAGGGUCACAAUACGCCGGGUAUAUAACCGGGCGGAUGCCGUCAGCGUUUAGUCUCGCGUUCAACGGCGUCGCGACGCCCUGUACUGCCGCGAAACUCGUACGAUUUUCCGGUGGUGGUUUACCUUAGUUUCAUUUAUUGUUAUUUAUGAUUUCAUUAGCACAAUUUCAAAUAAUGGUACACCGAAACAAGAAAAAACAGGGGAUGACAAACCUGCUCGAAUACACCACCUAAGCGUACCGACGAAAAAACUAUCGUGUCAAUGAUCAGUUGUAAUAAUGGAAACGUUUGAUUGGCCGAAGUGCAUUUAUGUGACCCGCCUGAAAACGUACUGUUGAAAAAAAAAAAAAAAGAAAAAAGUCCACGAUGAAAAGUUAUUCGAAUAUAAAUAGCUACGAAUGAAAUUUUCCGGAAAUUAUUUACGCCUCGGCGACCCGAAUCCUCUCUAUCCUUUAUCUACUUGUGCGAUAUCCAUGAGUUUCGAAUAACGUAGAGUGGAUACCAGUGAAUUCGCGGCAAUAGGAAAUUUUUGUUAAAUGAAAUUUUAUUAUUUUCCACGAAGGCAUCGCAUCGCAUCGCAUCGCUCUUGGUUCUGCAAAACUGGGAAUAGAAUUACGGUGCUCGAUCGGAAGUGAAUAAUAGUAGGAAAAUAUCGGAUGAGAGAAAAAAAUAUCGUUCACAAAGAUUGCGAUGUGCGCCCUGAUUGUCAAAGUUCGUUCGCGUCGAGUUGUGAUAAAUGAUGAAUAAACCGGUAAGCGAAUUCCGAUGCAGUUCAACAGUGAAAUCCAGCGUUCUUGAGGAGAAAUUAAACCACGCCGGGAGUUGAAGAAUCGAACGCAACGCGUUCGUUGGUUCGCCUGUAAAUGGGCGAGAGCAACGAAACCCAAAUGAUCUGGAUUACACGUUUGGUGAAUUACGCGUCGUCGACGUUAUCGUCGCCGAUAUCCUCGUCCGUUCCUACCGGCGGAAUAUGGAAAUAAUGAUAAUAUUCGACCGACUAACGUGAAAUUGGAAUCGACAACUCGCUGAACGAAGUUCACCGAUGCGGACCCUUUACUAUCUACCUGCCAAUAAAAUUUUCCUGAUUCCGAUCUUCCGGUUCAGAUUUUUCGCGACCGAGGAACGUCAACCGAGUGGAGAACUAACGAAUCCGUCUGUCUGUCCGUUACCGUACGAACGAUGUCCUCCUAUAUUGUGCGAACAGGUGAAUAAUAAAGUUACAAAAACUAAAGACAAAAAGUGAAAUUAAUGCGGACGGAAUUCCGCCGCCGAAAAUGAUUACCGAGAACCCGCGAUCCGCUGUCCACGUGAUCGAUGACGGCAAAAACCGAUAGCAUAAAUAAUAAAAAUAAUAUCGCGAUUCGAUUGCGUAUGAAUGUUCGGACGCGUCGGCAAAAACGCGAGCGAGGUCGUACGUUAUCGGACGUAAAAGUGGAAAGGAAAGGAACAAAAAAAUAACUAAAUAAAUAAAUAAAAAUCGGAACAAGGGGAAACGCGGAGGUGAAAAAUGAGGCGAAGGAAUAACACGUGCUGCUGCCAGUCGGCUAAAAGAUCGGCGAGGUCGGCGUGCGGUGAUGCGGAAACCGCCGAACCACCGGGUUGGUGCGUUUACGCGGCCGUCGCCCUGGUAGCUAUCGGAUGUUACCUUAACGCCCUCGGGGGUGACUUUGUGCACGACGACAUACCGGCUAUUGUCAGAAACAAGGACGUCCUCGCCUCCAGUUCCGUCAUCAACAUCCUGAGGGACGAUUUCUGGGGUACUCCGAUGCAGGACCCGAACAGUCACAAGAGCUACAGACCUCUGACCACUCUGACCUUCCGAUUGAACUAUCUCACGUCAGGUCUGACACCGAUAUGGUUCCACGUAACGAACGUCGCUCUUCACGCGGCGGCCUGCGUCCUCGUAACCAAGGUCAGCUUGGCAGUCGCUUCUCUGAGGCCAGGAUUCGCGGCACUCACCGGUCUGCUUUUUGCGGCGCAUCCGAUCCACACCGAAGCGGUCACAGGAAUAGUGGGCAGAGCCGACGUUCUCGCCUGCAUCUUUUUUCUGCUUUCGUUUCUGGCCUAUCACGGGCAACAAACGGCCCACGUCUGGAGUAGCGUGGGACUCGGUGCGUUGUCGAUGCUCGCAAAGGAGACGGGGGUCACUGUCCUUUUUCUCAAUCUACUCUACGAUCUUUGCAGAUCCUGGCAUUCCAUAAAAAGGUCCUUGCUGGAAGCCCGAUGGAACGACGAGUCCAGGAAUUUCUCUCGUCGAGCAGCCACACUCCUAGUUUCGUUUGGAGUUCUCCUCGUGGUGAGGCUGGCACUACUUCACGGUUCCCUGCCAAAGUUUUCUCCGGCAGACAAUCCGGCGGCCUUUCAUCCCUACCUACACGUCAGGUUACUGACGUUUUGUUAUCUGGCCGCCCUCAACUGUUGGCUUUUGGUGUGUCCGGCGACGCUCUCCCACGAUUGGCAAAUGGGCUCGGUUCCGCUGGUCGCGUCCGUUGCGGACGCGAGAAAUUUGGCUACGUGUAUUUUCUUCGGAGGAUGCGUGGUGCUCACGUACAAAGCGUUCACGGAUUUUGAGCAACAGAGGCAUCCUCCUUUGAUACUCGGGUGGAUGUUCCUAGUACUACCCUUUCUACCCGCCUCGAAUUUUUUCGUCACGGUUGGCUUCGUAGUGGCCGAAAGAGUCCUCUACAUUCCGAGCGUCGGCUCAAUUUUGCUGACGGUAUACGGGGCUCAAGUGACCUGGACCGCUGUUCCUCGGAGACGGAGUCUCAUCACCGCGGGUGUCGUCCUGCUCCUCGCCGCGGGGUGCUGUCGAACGGUUCUCCGCAACCGCGACUGGACGUCGAGGGAAACGUUGCUCAGGUCUGGCCUCCGGACGCUACCCCACAACGCCAAGAUGCAUUACAACUUCGCGAACUUUCUGAGGGAUACUUCGCAGCCGGAGCGAGCGAUCCUUCACUACCAGCUGGCCUUAUGGCUUUGGCCGACUUACGCAAGCGCCCAUAAUAAUCUUGGGACUUUAACCGUGGGAGAUCAAGCGGAACAACAUUUUCUUUCGGCGAUUCACGCGCAGCCAGGUCACGUCAACGCACACUACAAUCUUGGCCAACUUUACAGAAAAACCAACAGAACGGACGAGUGCAUCAGGAUGCUGCAGAGAUGCGUUUUUUUGGAUCCAGCGUACACACCGGCUUAUCUGGUACUCGCCCGUUUAGCGACGGGGCCGACGGCCGGAGCACUUUUGAGGCAUGUGGUUCGAUUGCAACCGCGAAGUCCAGAUCAUCUCGCGGAGUACGCCAAUUGGCUGAACGCUAGCGGUAAAUGGCUGACCGCCCUCAGGUACUUUCUGAAAGGGAUGGAAGUUUCGAACUGCCACAGAGCCUCUCUGCUCGGAACCGCGAAAAUUUUACGAUCGAGAGGACAAUGGCCCCGCGUUCAUCAGCUCGUGACGAGGUGGCAUUUGAUGCUUCGAGCCAGACGAGGAGGGUUGAUAUACAGAGGAGACUUGUACAUCAGAGCGUGGCAACUGCAGAGCGAGUCUCGUCACCGAGCUCAUCAGCACCAGCACAAUCUCUGCCUGACCGAAACUGACUGCUCAACGCCCAGAGUGGCGAGUGUAUCGGUGCAAUUGGAACAAGACAGCAAUAAAUCCGAACAACUUCAGAGGCCACCGCGUUGCGGGGUUCGGCCCGGUCGUCAGACGCGAAAAACCAAAGCUCGAGUAACCGCUCCGGCUCUUUUGGUGCAAAAUUUAUUGGAAACUCUCUAGUUUUCCGCGCGGUUUUAUCCGCAAAUUUAGUCAUCGGAAGAGCACUGCGGAAUUGGUUCGCGAAACGGAUGAACGGUAACGUUUUUCGUUGCAGUAAGCCCUUUUUAUUAUUUUCAAUUACUCAACUCUUUCGUUUUAAUGGUACGGAGAGUCUGCGAAGGUAUGUAUAUGAGCGCGUGUUUCCGAUCUAUGCCGGAUGUUGUUCGUUAGCAAGAGUGAAAUAAGAAAAAAAAAAAAACAAUUUCGAAUGUUGAUAGAAACGUGAAACGAUAAUAUUUUUGGCGAUAUUAUUUUAGGUAGCUUAAAGAAAAUUUGAUCACGAUUGAUGUAUGAAACACAACAGCUGAUUGUGACGUUAUUGUUGUUACAUAACAUUAUAUAUCACCGUGUUGUAACAUUGCUGUAAUAUAAUAACACGUAGGCACGUUGAAAAAUUUACUAUUCUUUACAUCGAUUCGAUAGAGUUUUUCUCAUUUAAUGAUAACUUUAUCAGGCGAUUCACUGAUAAACUACAGGUGUAUAUCCGUUCAUCUAAUUAAUUUCGAUGUCUUUUCCUCUCCGUUCAUAAAUUAUUCAAAUUUCUGGCGAUUGAAUUUUCCAAGACUUCUAACGAGGCUUAUCCGAUUUUGAGAAAUGAAAUAUUUCCAAUUGUAAGUUAUCGAAGUCAACGGGGGUCUUUUGAGAAAAGCAGAAAAGAAAAGAGA